AGGCUGAUCAAGCUUACUGUGGUACCACGGCUCAGAGCAUUUGUCCUUGGAGCCAUGAGUGCCGUCGGGUUCGACCCAUACUUUUCCUCAUCCUACAAGCGUUGGUAUGUGGAGAGCAGCCCCCGGGUACCUCAGCGUGGGCGAUCACGCACCACGUUCUCUGCCCACCCACCCUCUCUCUCCUCGGCUCGACUCCACUAUGCCUCCCCCAGCCGGACCUCUACCUCUCUGCUGCUGAGCAGCUCAGGACGUGCAAUGGACAUGGACCUCAGCCAUGCCGCCCAGGUAAGCUAUGAGUCCCGAGCAGUCCGAACUCAGGAGAAAGCCCAGCUGCAAGAUCUGAAUGACCGCUUUGCUGGUUACAUCGAGCGCGUCCAUGAACUAGAGCAGCAGAAUCGUGCUCUGGAGGCUGAGCUACUCCUGCUGAGGCAAAGGCAUAUGGAGCCUUCCCGUGUGAGGACUUUGUACGAGCAGGAAGUCCGUACCCUGAGAGCUGCUGUGGAGGAGGCCUGUAUGGAGAGGCAGGCUACAUUGAGCCACAGGGAGACCAUGGAAGAUACUUUGCGGGCCCUGCAGGCCAGCUAUGAGAAAGAGGUGGUUGCCCGCGAGGACACAGAAAGCAGGCUUCUUGAGGCCCGCAAGGCGGCAGAUGACACCACUCUGGUCCAGGUGGAGCUGGAGAAAAAGGUUGAUAUAUUGCUGAAUGAGCUGGCUUUCCUGAAGAAGGUCCAUGAGGGUGAGAUCUCAGAGCUGCAGGCCCAGGUUCAAUUUGGUGCCCAGAUCGCUGUUGAGGCAGAGGCCACUAAACCUGAUCUGUCCAGUGCCCUUCGGGACAUCAGAGCCCAAUAUGAGAAGCUGGCAGCCAAGAACAUCCAGUCAGCCGAAGAAUGGUUCCGCGGGAAGAUGGGCAAUCUGACCGAGAGUGUAGCCCACCACACUGAUGCAGUGAAGUAUUCGAAGGAUGAAGCUGGAGAGUAUCGUCGUCAGCUUCAGGCAUGCGUCCUCGAGAUUGAUGCCUGCAAGGGCCUGAAUGAGUCUCUGGAGAAACAGCUGAGAGAUGUGGAGGACAGGCAGAGUGCUGAGAUUUCUGCCAUGCAGGAUUCAAUCAGCGAACUUGAGGAUGAACUUAGAGCCACGAAGGGUGAGAUGGCAAGAUAUCUGAAAGAGUACCAGGAUCUUCUUAAUGUCAAGAUGGCCCUUGAUAUUGAGAUAGCAGCAUACAGGAAGCUUCUGGAAGGGGAGGAGUCUCGCUUCAAUGUGGGUGUGGGAGGUCUGGUCAGUGCUUACUCUGUUGGUCCUGUCUACUCCUAUCCCAUGUUCUCACUGUCUACUCUGAGCUCUGGCACCCCCUAUCUGCUCGGAUCUCGCCUGAUCAGCACAUCCCUCGCUGAAGAUGAGGCCAUUACAGCCAGUCAAGCUCAAGAAGAUGGAGCCAGUCCAGCCAGGGAAGAAGAAGAAGAAGAAGAAGAAGAAGAAGUUAAAGAGGAAGAGAAGGAAAAAGAGGAGGAAGAAAAGGAAGUGGAAGAAGGUACUAAGGACGAAGAGGAAGGUGGUGAGCAAGAAGAGGAAAAGGAAGGUGGGGCAGAGGAAGAAGAAAAAGAAGAGAAAGAGGAGGAGGCUGAAGAAAAGGAGGAUGCUAAAGGGGGAGAUGAUGAGGAGGGAGACGAAAAAGAGAGAGAUGGGAAAGAGGAGGGUGAGCAGAAAGAAAGGGAGGAUGAAGAGGGGGGAAAAGCUGUGGAGGAAGGGGCUGAUAAGGAGGAGACUGAGAUGGAAACAGAAAAAAGUGAAGAGAAAGCUGACACAAGUGCUGACAAGGACAAAGAGGACACUGAAACAGACAAAGACAAGGGAGCAAGUACUAAAACAGAGGUUAAGGCUGAAAAAGCCAAAGAAGAGGUCAAAUCUGAGCCAGCCAAAGAGAAAGGCAAGGAAAAAAAUGAUUCUGUGCCUGAACCUGAGCCCGUCAAGGAUGAAGGCAAGGAGCCAGAGAAACCCAUAGCAAAGGAAAAGGCAAAGCCAGAAAAGGCCAUGGGCAAAGAUGAAGAUGAGAAAGGAAAGGGUGAUAAAAAGGAGAGUGAAAAGAAAGAAAAAGAGGAAACUGAAAAACCCAAGGGGAAGAAAUAAUGUGUAGGAUCUACAACAGCACAAAAAUGGCCUGAUCUGCUUCUCUAGUCGUUCAAACUGUUACUUGAUAAAUGGUGCUCAGUGCAAAUUGCAAUGAAACUGUCAACUUCAGCUUUUCAAAAUGAUAAUGAUUGUUUUUGAAAUGCUUUUGGGAUGCUUUACAUAUUUGAGUGAAUGUAUGCUUGUGAAGUAGAUGAUAUUUUUGAAUAAGUCAACAGUCUUGCAAUAGAUUGCAAAAACGGAAACCUUGCUGCCGGUGCAAUAAAACAUGCUUCUUGA